AUGCGUCCUGCCCGCGACAUCGAGACCGAGCUCCUCAGCGCGCCGACGUCCCUGCGCGCCCAGUCGCUGAACCGGGACUUCACCUGCGCCUGCCCCCGCUGCCUGGCGAGCCCCGCCGCCGACGAGGGCGCAGGGCUCCGCGGCCGGGAGUUCCUGCACGUGGACGCCCAGGUCCAAGCCAACCUGUCGCUGCUGCCGCCGGCCGAGCGCGUGGAGGCGGUGGAGGCGGCCCUGAGAGGCGAGAUGGGCGACGACGACGAGGGCGAGGAGGAGGAGGGCGGUCCGAGCGGGUGCGCGGAGUCCGGGGGCUCGGCGGUGGUCCUGGGCAAGGACGCCCAGGAGCUGCGAGUGGUGCAGGCGCUGGCGCUCAUGCAGAUGCAGCGGUGGGCCGACGCCCUGCAGGUCUGGCGCCGGUUGGCCGCCUUCGCGUGCCGCCAUUGCCCGCCCUUCGACGAGGCGCUGGUCGCCUACGCCACGCAGGCCGCCCUGUGCGCGCUCGCAGCUCCGGCAGCGGCCGAUUCCGCCAGCAGUGCCUGCGCGUCGGCGCCGGCUCCGCGAGACUACGCGGCCAUCGCGGCCGCGGUCCACCGCGUGGCAUUCGGCACCGACCUGUACAGGUGGCGCUACCGGAGAGAGGUCCAGGACUCCGUCGUGCCCGAGAGCGUGAGGGCGAGCUUCUGGGCCAUGGUCGAGCUUGGAGGCGCGGUCGCGCUGCCCCGCGCGGAGCGCGUCCCGGCGACCGCGCCUCCGCUCGGCAGCAGGCACGGAGGCCGGGCCGAGGGGGCCGCGGCUGUGCAGCCCGGGGCCGGCUCGGCCGGGGCGGCGCCGUGGACGUGGGGCAGCUGCGACGCGGCCUGGAGGUUCGAGGGCCACGAGGUCCCAGAGCCGGCUCAGCAUGAGGGGUUGAAGAAUGCUUUUACGGAUGGUGAGGACAAGGACGUGGAGAUUCAUGAGUUGGCCGACCUGGCAUGGGCUGCUGCAGGGCCUCGGCUUGGGGAGAUGCACGCCCACGAGGUCCACGCAGAGGUGCUGGAUGGUCAGCUGCUCAACGUGGCUGUGCCUGGCACGGAAGCGCUGGGAUUUCAGCUUCCCUGCGCUUUCCCCACCGACGAAGGCGUGGAGGACGAGUGCUCGGGCUGGCCUGCUCCUGGCAUAUGGCAGCCUCUCAGCCCCGAUGCGGAGACUCGCAUCUUCGCGGACGGCCUGGAGGCGGGCUGGCGGCUCGCGGAGCAGUACCUGGAGCACAGGGGGCCCUCGGAGAAACUACGCACCCAGGACGCCUCCCUCGUGUCGUCGGGCGGGGUCGUGUCCUUCGAGGAGCUCCUUUUCGUUUUGCCCCUGGAUCUCUUCGCCAGGGUGAUCCCGAUCUUGACGGCGAAGAUCGGAGUGCUGGCUCGUGCGGAUAUCGGGAUCGCCAGGGCGGUGCAUCGCCGCAACCCUGCGACUUCUGAUCCUGGCCCGACGGCGACGCCGAGUGCAGACGCUUCUGGCACCGGGCCCCCGCAGCAGGCCGACUGCCAGCAGCAAUGA